CCCCUCUCUCUCUCUUUCUCUUUCUUCUCUCCCAGGAACCCCACCACCAUCUAUUCCCUCUCUCGACGCCAAGAAAUCGAAGCCUUCUCUUCCUCUAUCUCUCUCUAGGGUUAGGGUUUCCUCCUUCCUCCUCUCUGCGUCUCUAGGGCUAGGGUUCGGGUUGGGGCUCGGUCUCCGGCGAGAGAUGUGGGAUGCUGGGACCGCUGAUAAGGCUGCUGUCCGCGUGCUGGAGGCCUCGCGGCGGCGGCGGUGACGGCGGCGGCGGGAGGGAGGAGCUGUUAUGGUACCGGGACUUGGGGCGGUGCGCCGGGGGGGAGUUCUCCAUGGCCGUCGUGCAGGCCAACCAGGUGCUGGAGGACCAGAGCCAGAUCGAGUCCGGGCCCUUCGGUACCUUCGUCGGGGUGUAUGACGGCCACGGCGGCCCCGACGCGGCUCUCUACGUCUGCGAUCACCUCUUCCGCCACUUCCGAGAGAUUUCAUCCGGACCACAGGGUGUGACAUCUGAUGGCAUUCGAAGAGCCUUUCUAGCUACAGAGGAAGGGUUUAUGGCACUUGUUUCCCAGCUGUGGAACUCUCGGCCGGAUAUGGCAACCACGGGGUCAUGCUGUCUUGUUGGUGUCAUUAGCCAAAGGACUCUCUAUGUGGCCAAUUCAGGUGAUUCCCGUGCAGUUCUUGGGAAGAAGGUCGGUAACACAGGUGAAAUUGCUGCAAUACAGCUGUCCACUGAACACAAUGCUAAUAUGGAGGAUGUGAGGCAGGAACUCAAAGCUCAACACCCAGAUGAUCAACAGAUUGUUGUCUUUAAACAUGGAGUUUGGAGAAUCAAAGGCAUAAUUCAGGUUUCUAGAUCUAUAGGUGAUGCAUAUAUGAAACACGCCCAGUAUAACAGGGAACCAAUCAAUGCAAAGUUCAGAAUUUCUGAACCCAUGAACAUGCCUAUCUUGAGUGCGAAUCCAUCUAUUAUCUCUCAUCAUCUUCAACCAAGUGAUUCCUUCGUCAUAUUUGCUUCAGAUGGUCUAUGGGAACACCUAAGUAAUCAGCAAGCUGUUGAUAUUGUUCACAGUCAUCCUCAUGCUGGAAGUGCCAAAAGACUCAUCAAAGCUGCUCUUCAUGAAGCAGCGAGAAAAAGAGAGAUGCGAUACUCGGAUCUUAAGAGGAUUGACAAGAAGGUUCGUCGGCACUUCCAUGAUGACAUAACAGUUGUCGUCAUAUUUCUGAAUCAUGAUCUCAUGACUAAGGGUCAUGCAUACGGGCCUCUGUUAUCAGUUAGAGGUGCUUCGGAAGAUUGAUAACGCAUGAAGAACCUGUUAUUCUAGAAUCUGGAUGAUAAUACCCUCCCAGAGAUCCACAAGAUCAAUUCUGAAAAUUAUUGUUUCAGUCAGGACUGAUUGCUGAAGAGAUUUCAAAUUUUCGCAAGGUUCAGUGCUGUGGAGGUACAUGGAGCAUAGUUCUGGUGUAGCACUCUGUAGAGUUAAAUCACAGUUUUCAUAAAUUAUGACAUUUUCUAAUAAGAGAACAACAUUUUUCCUGACAUCAUUUUAUGUUUCAUUGACUCAAAAUGGUACAUUUCGGGGGAAAAUGAACUUAUUCUUGUUUACCAGGAGCCAGAAUACGAUAUCUGUGGGGUAAAUUUUGGCAUGUAAUCUGCACAUUUCUCUAAUGUUUAAAUGUAGUCAUUUUAUAUUCUACUCAGAAA